AUGAGCUCCUAUCAGUUCGUCAAUUCGCUCAGCUCGUGCUACGGGCCGGGCCGAGCUGGCCCUGGCGUGGACGGCAGUCUGGCCGGUCCGCCGGGCGACUACUACUCGCAGCAGGUCUACAACAGCUGGUCGGGCGCCAAUCCGGCCUCCAAUGUGGUCUCCGCGGCGGCGGCAGCAGCGGCAGCGGCCGUCGGCCAGUCACCGGCCUCUCCGCCGUACGCCUCCUACCUGCAGCAGAAUGGCGGUGACCACCACAGUUCUCACCACCUGCCGCAUCACCCCCGAGACCUCUACAACAGCAAUAGCUGCUCGCAGCAGGCAGCAGGCCUAGCCGGCUUGUCCAAUCACACCUCCCGACUCAGUCACCACAGCGCCCAGCAGUUGAUGCAGCAGCAGCAACAGCAGCAGGCGUCGCGCACCUCCAGCUCACCCGUCUCUAGUUGCAAAUUCGGCAUCGACUCAGCGUCCUCGCCCCAGGAUCUCAGCACCUCGAGCGGCGGCGCCGGUCAGUCACCCGAGCCGCGGUCUUCCUCGCCCCGAGUGCAGGGCAACUCUAAUCAAAACUCCUCACAACAAAGCUCAAAUGCAGGCAGUGUGAACAGUCAAAGCAAGGGAGGCAACUUCGGCAGCAACUCCAGCAGCAAUCCGCCACAUAUCUACCCGUGGAUGCGCAAGGUCCACGUCGGACAAAAUGGCGUCAACUCGAUGGGCGAAACCAAACGACAACGCACGUCCUACACUCGAUAUCAGACACUGGAGCUGGAGAAAGAGUUCCACUUCAACCGCUACCUGACUCGAAGACGUCGAAUCGAAAUUGCCCACUCCCUCUGUUUGAGUGAGAGGCAAAUUAAGAUCUGGUUCCAGAACCGGAGGAUGAAGUGGAAGAAGGAGCACAAGAUGCAAAGUGUCAUUCCGCCGCAGUUACCUCAGAUGCUCGGUCCUCUCGACCACCACCUGCACCACUUGCACAGUGAAACAAAGGCGUAA